UUUUUGUGAAGGGAUUGAACACGGACGAGUGUUGCACUGCAAAGUAAACAAAGCCUCAGCAGAUGGUUGAAAGCAGAGGAGUGGAAGAGAAAAUCCUGGAUGUGAAUGGAGGCAGCUGCAGUUUGGACAUAAGGUUAUAAGUAGAGGAUACUAUUGGGCCGACCUGACCGGUUAUGCACCAUUGUACGUAUACUCCAACAGCGUUUAUCUUUGGCUCUGCACUGACACUGCUUCCCAAGCCAUGCACCCCCAGCGUCCUCUUCCCCAGGCCAUGCCCUCGUCAGCAUUGGGGCAGCACCUGCGGGACAUGACUAUGGGUCUGGGACGGGGCAAGAACCUCCUGGGAGGAAAUGUGUCCUACGGCUUCAUCCAGUCGAUAAAGGAGUGCCUUUAUUUCCUCCUCUGCUGCUGGUGUAUCAAGGAGAUCCUGGACUGAAGGACUGAAAAAGAUUCCCCAUUUUGAGGUUUGAGCAACCACGCUUCAACAUGCUGCUUGACUGGGUUCAAUUCUCUGAAGAUCUGGGAUUCCUUGAAUUGUGCUGUCAUGAUUUUUACUUGAUAUGGCAAUAAAACUAAAUAUUUCCACCUUCA